CAGCGAAUUGAACUGUAGAACGGGAAGGUGCGAUUGUUAAAUUUGUGUUAUUUUAUUAAAUAGUUCUUUGUUACUGUUAUUUUUUUGUAAUCAGUUUGUUAUACGUAAUGUGGUUGGCUGGAGACGAUGACAACAUGAUCAUACGCGAGUGACGUUUCGAUCCUGCACUCCCUUCGAUUUGUGUUGAUAAGCCUGGACAAAUCUCACGCUGACACGGCCGGACGAUGAAGACAAGAGGAACACAAUAAUCUCUCAACAAACGUUUCAUGCACACGCGGUCGGACAUGAAAGAGUUGGCCUUGCCGUCCUCCUGGUGCGCCCCCCACUCGUUCCCCGCUGCCUCAACACGGGCGCUCAUCAGCCUCCUGGUCCCCGCUGCACCAGCCAUCACCACCACCACCUCCACCUCCACAAUAACAGAGCGACAAGAAAAAUUUUCUAUCAUCGGACACGGUACAGAAGAGGAGCUGCAUCUUCAGAAGGGAGAGCAGCUUCUAGAGGCGCCGUCGGUAAGGGAGCUGCAACUACAGCAGUUGACCGCCGCCGCCGUCGUCGUCGCAGUCCACACCCUGAGAGCCACGGAGUGUUAGCAGUCGAGACUUGCCAACAGUAUCAACAAGACAAGACACAGAUUCAUCAGAACCGACACAAGCAGCAAUGUCCGACGACUCAUCGUCUAUCUCAGAGGAAGAACGUUGUUUGUUCCGUCCUUUCACUCGGGAAUCGCUGGCCGCCGUUGAGGCACGGAUCGCAGAGGAAUAUGCCAAGCAGAAGGAACUCGAGAAGAAAAGAGCGGAAGGCGAGGGGGAAUUUGGACGGAGGAAAAAGAAAAAAGAAGUUCGGUACGAUGACGAGGAAGAAGAUGAAGGUCCGCAACCGGACGCGACGCUGGAGCAAGGGGCGCCGAUUCCAGUGCGGAUGCAAGGCGCAUUUCCUCCUGAGCUCUCCUCCACUCCUCUUGAGGACAUCGACCCCUAUUACCAUAACCAGAGAACAUUCGUGGUGGUAAGCAAAGGAAAGGACAUUUUCCGGUUCAGUGCGACAGAUGCCAUGUGGAUUCUGGACCCAUUCAACCCAAUCCGGCGGGUAGCCAUCUAUAUUUUGGUUCAUCCCUUGUUCUCACUCUUCAUCAUCACCACCAUUUUAACCAACUGCAUCUUCAUGAUACUGCCUUCGUCUCCCACAAUAGAAUCCACUGAAGUAAUUUUUACUGGCAUCUACACAUUUGAGUCGGCUGUUAAGGUGAUGGCGAGAGGGUUCAUACUUCAGCCAUUCACAUACCUUAGAGAUGCAUGGAACUGGCUGGACUUCGUAGUAAUAGCUUUAGCUUAUGUAACCAUGGGAAUAGAUCUAGGAAACCUGGCCGCCUUGCGAACGUUCAGGGUGCUCCGAGCUUUGAAGACUGUUGCUAUUGUUCCAGGUUUGAAGACCAUUGUUGGUGCUGUGAUUGAAUCUGUGAAGAACCUGCGUGAUGUGAUAAUCCUCACGAUGUUCUCACUCUCCGUGUUUGCCUUAAUGGGGCUCCAGAUUUACAUGGGUGUCCUCACGCAGAAAUGUGUCAAGAACUUCCCUACAGAUGGCUCAUGGGGGAACUUGACAGAUGAAAAUUGGUUCAAUUUUUGCAGUAACGACUCUCACUGGUAUAUUCCAGAGGGUAGUCUGGAUCAUCCCUUGUGUGGAAAUUCAUCAGGAGCUGGUACGUGUCUACCUGGUUAUACAUGCCUGCAAGGUUUUGGUGGUAAUCCCAACUAUGGUUACACCAGUUUUGACACCUUUGGUUGGGCUUUCCUGUCAGCCUUCAGACUGAUGACACAGGAUUACUGGGAGAACCUUUACCAACUGGUACUGAGGUCUGCAGGUCCAUGGCACAUGUUGUUUUUCAUUGUGAUCAUCUUUUUGGGCUCAUUCUAUCUCGUGAACUUGAUUUUGGCCAUUGUCGCCAUGUCGUAUGAUGAGUUGCAGAAGAAGGCUGAGGAGGAAGAGGAAGCUGAAGAGAAAGCUUUAAGGGAAGCUGAAGCAGCAGCUAUUGCAAAAGAGGCCAAAAGAGCAAAACAGGCUGAUAAAUUAGCACAGGCAGCUCAGCAGUCAUCAGAAGUAGUGAAGUCUCCUUCAGGGUGCUCAUGCCUUAGUUAUGAACUGUUUGUGGGACAGCCUAAAGGCAAUGAUGAUAACAAGAGAGAAAAUAUGAGCAUUCGAAGUGAAGGUGGGGACUCGAUAAGUGAGCACAGAGGGAGGAUUGCUGGAGCCAAUGGGAGCAUGGUCCGCAAGGUGAGUGCGGUUCCUCACUGUCAGUACAGAGAUUCAAAUACUGCAACUAAAAGCCAGUUUACUUUUACAUACCCGGAAAGCCUCGUGAAGGCAAGUCUGAGUCUGCCAGGUUCACCAUUUAAUUUGCGCCGAGGUUCCCGUGGCAGUCAUCAGUUCACAAUUAGAAAUGGACGUGGGAGGUUUGUGGGUCCACCAGGUGGAGAUCGAAAGCCUCUUGUUCUUUCUACAUACCUCGACGCACAAGAGCAUCUGCCUUAUGCAGAUGACUCAAAUGCAGUAACGCCAAUGUCUGAAGAGAAUGGGGCGAUAGUUGUACCAGUUUAUUAUGCUAAUCUUGGAUCAAGGCAUUCCUCAUACACAUCUCAUGCAUCUCGGAUAUCCUACACAUCACAUGGGGAUCUCCUUGGUGCGCCUAAGACCAAGGAGAGCCAACUGAGAGGUCGGACAGGACGGAACAACCCUUCACAGAUGCCUAACUCUACAUCUGCUAUGCCAGAUGAGCAUAAAUACAUGGACACAUCUGUUGAUAGUGACAGUGGAGCAGUCAAAGCAAAACAUGGAGAUAACCCAUUCGUUGAACAGAUGCAAUCAACAACUGUUGUUGAUAUGGAUGAUGUGAUGGUGCUAAAUGAGAUCAUUGAACAGGCAGCAGGUCGUCAGAGUCGGGCCAGUGAGCAAGGAGUCUCGAUCUAUUAUUUCCCGACAGACGAAGAUGAUGAGGAUUCAACAGUUAAACAGAAGUUAUUAGCUUUGUGUGUGCGGGGAAUUGAUGUCUUCUGCGUGUGGGAUUGUUGCUGGCUGUGGCUGAAGUUCCAAGAGUAUGUGGCCCUUCUCGUGUUUGAUCCAUUUGUUGAGUUAUUCAUCACGUUGUGUAUCGUCGUCAACACCCUGUUCAUGGCUCUUGAUCAUUACGACAUGAAUAAGGACAUGGAGAGAGCUCUGAAGAGUGGCAACUAUUUUUUCACUGCAACCUUUGGCAUUGAGGCAGCACUCAAGCUGAUGGCCAUGAGUCCCAAGUUUUACUUCCAGGAAGGAUGGAAUAUCUUUGACUUUAUCAUUGUUGCACUCUCUUUACUGGAACUUGGGCUUGAAGGUGUUCAAGGCCUAUCUGUACUGCGAUCAUUCAGAUUGUUGCGUGUCUUCAAGCUUGCGAAGUCUUGGCCGACAUUAAACUUGCUCAUUUCCAUCAUGGGCAGAACAGUUGGUGCUUUGGGAAACUUAACCUUUGUGUUAUGUAUCAUUAUUUUCAUCUUUGCUGUCAUGGGCAUGCAGCUGUUUGGAAAAAAUUAUGGUGACAAUGUGGAGCGUUUCCCAGGGAAAGAAAUGCCAAGAUGGAACUUCACAGAUUUCAUGCACUCUUUUAUGAUUGUAUUCCGAGUGUUAUGUGGCGAGUGGAUUGAGUCCAUGUGGGAUUGUAUGCUUGUUGCGGGUUGGUCCUGUAUACCAUUCUUCUUGGCUACUGUAGUGAUUGGAAAUUUGGUUGUAUUGAAUCUGUUCUUGGCCUUGCUGCUCAGCAACUUUGGUUCAUCAAGUCUGUCAGCACCAACAGCAGACAACGAAACCAACAAGAUUGCUGAGGCGUUCGAUCGUUUUUCACGGUUCUUUAACUGGAUUAAACGUAGCGCACUGAAUGUGGCAAAAAUGUUGCGCGCAAAAUUAACCAAUCAGAUAUCCGAUCAGACGCCAGGUGAGGGACCCUCCUCCAGUUGGAAAGAAGAUGCCCAUGAGCAUGACACAGAUCUUGACCUCACAGCGGAUGAAAUUCUGGCAGAUGGGAUGGUAUAUCGAGACAAGAAAAGUCCAAAAGAGCAGACACAGCUGGAAGUGGCAAUAGGUGAUGGCAUGGAAUUUACCAUUCAUGGAGAUUUGAAGAACAAAUUGAAGAAGGAUAGUAAACAACUAAUGAAUAACACCAAAGUGAUUGGCAACUCAUUUCAAGGCAACCACAAAGACAAUCGGAUAGAGAAUGAAUAUUUACAUAAUCGGCAAGAGGAGGACACGUUAAGUACGAAUACAUAUGGAAGUCACAAAAACCGUCCAUUCAAGGAUGAAAGUCAUAAAGGAAGUGUAGAGUCAAUGGAUGGGGAGGAGAAGAAGGAUGCAAGCAAAGAAGACUUUGAUCAAGAUGGUGAUCUUGAGGAAGAUGGCGAAGGAGAAGAAGGAAACUUAGGUGAAGCCAUCAUCCUGGAUGCAGGCACGGAGGACGUAAUGUUGUCUGACUACCCUGCAGACUGUUGCCCUGAUAAAUGCUAUAAACGCUUCCCCUUCUUGGCUGGAGAUGAUGAUUCUCCAUAUUGGCAAGGGUGGGCUAACCUCAGACAAAAGACUUAUCAGCUCAUUGAGAACAAGUACUUUGAGACAGCUGUAAUCACCAUGAUUCUGCUUAGUAGUCUUGCACUGGCUCUUGAAGAUGUACAUCUUCCUCAGCGACCCAUUCUACAAGACAUCUUGUAUUACAUGGAUCGCAUCUUCACUGUCGUCUUCUUCAUUGAAAUGCUAAUCAAGUGGCUUGCCCUAGGAUUCAAAAAGUACUUCACGAAUGCAUGGUGCUGGUUGGAUUUUGUCAUUGUCAUGCUGUCUCUGAUUAACCUUACGGCUGUUUGGACCGGUGCAGCCGAUAUUCCCGCGUUCCGCUCCAUGCGGACCCUUCGUGCACUGAGACCCUUGCGUGCAGUCUCACGCUGGGAGGGCAUGCGAGUGGUGGUGAAUGCCUUGGUGCAAGCUAUCCCCAGUAUCUUCAAUGUGCUUUUGGUGUGCCUCAUCUUCUGGCUCAUAUUUGCCAUCAUGGGUGUACAGCUGUUUGCUGGAAAAUACCACAAGUGUGUAGAUGCCAACAGUUCAGUUCUAAGCUAUGAGAUCAUUCCAGACCGUAAUGCCUGCAUUGCUGAAAACUAUACGUGGGAAAACUCUCCAAUGAAUUUUGAUCAUGUGGGGAAAGCUUACCUCUGUCUCUUCCAAGUAGCUACAUUCAAAGGCUGGAUCCAGAUAAUGAAUGAUGCCAUUGACUCCAGAGAUUUGGACAAGCAGCCAAUCAGGGAGACCAAUAUCUACAUGUAUCUCUACUUUGUAUUCUUCAUCAUCUUUGGCUCCUUUUUUACCCUCAACCUAUUCAUUGGUGUGAUCAUUGAUAACUUCAAUGAACAAAAGAAAAAGGCAGGUGGAUCACUAGAAAUGUUCAUGACUGAGGACCAGAAGAAGUAUUACAAUGCUAUGAAGAAAAUGGGUUCAAAAAAGCCUCUUAAAGCUAUUCCAAGGCCAAAGUGGAAGCCUCAAGCUAUUGUGUUCGAGAUCUGUACAAAUAAGAAGUUUGACAUGAUUAUCAUGUUAUUCAUCGGUUUAAAUAUGUUGACAAUGACACUGGACCAUUAUCAACAAUCUAAGCAAUUCAGCGAUGUCCUCGACUACUUGAACAUGAUUUUCAUUGUGAUCUUCAGUUCAGAAUGUCUCAUGAAGAUCUUUGCAUUGAGAUAUCACUACUUCAAGGAACCAUGGAACCUGUUUGAUUUCGUAGUUGUCAUCCUAUCUAUAUUGGGGCUUGUGUUGAGUGACAUCAUUGAGAAGUACUUUGUAUCCCCAACACUGCUUCGAGUGGUGAGAGUGGCCAAGGUGGGUCGAGUCCUGCGUCUGGUGAAGGGUGCCAAGGGUAUUCGAACUUUAUUGUUUGCUCUGGCCAUGUCCUUGCCAGCGCUCUUCAAUAUUUGCCUCCUGCUAUUUCUCGUCAUGUUCAUCUUUGCCAUAUUUGGCAUGUCCUUCUUCAUGCAUGUCCGCGACAAAGGUGGCCUUGAUGAUGUUUACAACUUCAAGACAUUUGGACAGUCCAUGAUUCUGCUCUUUCAGAUGUCAACAUCUGCAGGAUGGGAUGGUGUGUUAGAUGGUAUCAUUAAUGAGGAUGAUUGUCGCAAGCCUAACAAUGAGCUGGGCUAUCCAGGCAACUGUGGGUCUGCAACCAUUGGAAUUGCGUUCUUGUUGUCAUAUCUUGUCAUCAGUUUCCUGAUUGUUAUCAACAUGUAUAUUGCUGUCAUUUUGGAAAAUUACUCCCAGGCCACAGAAGAUGUGCAGGAAGGUUUGACAGAUGAUGACUAUGACAUGUAUUAUGAAAUCUGGCAGCAGUUUGAUCCAGAUGGUACACAAUAUAUCCGCUAUGACCAGCUGUCAGAUUUCCUUGAUGUGCUUGAACCUCCACUACAGAUACACAAACCAAACAAGUACAAGAUAGUGUCAAUGGACAUUUCAAUCUGCAAAGGUGACCUCAUGUUCUGUGUGGACAUUUUAGAUGCCCUUACAAAGGACUUCUUUGCAAGGAAAGGAAAUCCUAUUAAAGAGACUGCAGAACUGGGUGAGGUGCAAACCCGACCUGAUGAGGUAGGUUAUGAACCUGUAUCAUCGACACUGUGGAGACAACGUGAAGAAUAUUGUGCGCGGCUCAUACAAAAUGCAUGGCGCAAGCACAAGCAGCAGCGCCAGGGUGGACCAGGUGAUGAUUCUGAUGAUGCUGGUGAUGAUGCAGAUCCCCACGAUCGUCAUCAGACUGCUGUUCUUGUUGAGAGUGAUGGAUUUGUUACUAAGAAUGGGCACCGUGUGGUAAUCCAUUCGCGAUCACCCAGUGUGACGUCGCGGUCAACUGAUGUCUGAGCCAGGCAGCGUCCCCCCCUCCCAUUUGCACGCAAUGAUUAAAAUUAAGCUCUGCUGCCUGCCUGUCUUCCUUUCCUGACUGUGGGCUGGCCAGCAGGCCAAUUACAAACUCAUAGCAUAAACUGUGAGCAUCCAGUUGAUGUCUUGUGGCAGAACCAUUGUCUGCCAUCAAGUUGUCAAGUGGCUCAUGGCAAUGCAAAUCUAGCCCAAAUGACAGGGAGGGAGUGCCUCUGUCCCCCUUGCAUACAACCCAGACAAAGCUGCAAGGUUGAGCUGCAUAUUUUAGUUCCAUCUGUCUUGUCCACAUGAACACAAGUGGCCAAGUGAGCGAGACUGCAGGCAAGGGACAGAGGAGAAUUUUUCAGGAACUCUACAGCCGCAAGCAAUAGAAAUGAAUGUCAUAGAGGAAAAGGGUAAAGUAGUUAAUAUCUCUAUCCUGGGCCUUGCAGUUCCUUCCCCACCACUAACAGUUGCCAUGCUCUUGCUGCCUGGCCUGGGACAGGAUAGUAAUUUUCUGUGAAUAUAUAAGAAGGAACAAAUUGGUGUUAAUGGGACCCAAAUGGGUGAGGUACAUGCACACUGACCGGGACUUUCCAUUUGUCUGUGUAGGCAGAUGUCCGGUGGUAUUGACAGUCACAGUAAUGCAGGUUAUUAUAGUGCUGUUGAAAAUCAAGUUGAAUGGCGUGGCAAAUGAUCUCACAUCUUUGCUUAAUUUUCCUUUGCUCUUUGUUGUGUUCUUUGCGUGUGACAUCUUUUCAAGCCCUCCAGCCCCUCAUCACAGGAAAUGAAGGGGAGGUUUGGGUGUGAACUCAGGAGGGGAGGGGCGAGCUCUUUUAACUAGCGAGCUCUGCUGUCUACCUGUCUGCAUAAGCUUGUUAAAGAAGAUAGUUCUUAAAGUGACACAAUACUGAAAUGUGCUUCAUUUGCAAGACAAUUUUUAAAUUAAUUCGAUUCAUUCUCCAAUUUGCCAGUGCUAGAUUUUUUCUCUGUUAAGAAGAUUCAAGCUUGGUAUUGGAUAAAUGAACUUCACCGCCAUCACAUUAAUUAUUUUUGUAUUCAUUUUUUUUUCCUGCUAAUAUAAUCGUUGGGACAAAGUGCUUAGACGUUAAACGCAAUUAGUUGCGACUACCUGUCGGCCAAGGUUGGAGAGAGAUGCUGCCUGCAUGUUAAUUCGUAUUUUCAAUGAGGGUGGGUUUGGGAAUAACAUAAACAUGCAUAUGUUGUUAUUUUUUCCUUCUCAUGCAAGCUCUUGUCGUGUUUUUCACUUGUUACUUUUCUACACUACUUUUCUUUAUGAACAUAAAUGUUUCUUAAUGUGAGGUGUACAUAGAUUUCCAUCCCAGUGUGAGGCUGAGUGCAAAAGUUCUUCAUAGGGCUACUUCUUUUCCUUACCAUGUGCAGGGAUGAGAGUUCUAAACAUGAUACAGACAUGCCAUAAUUUUUUAUAUUGUCUCCAACUCAACUUCAUAUCAGAUUGACAGUUGUGCACAAUUUCAGGUAAUCUGUAAUAAUUUCAAUUUUGAGAGAAACCACAGAGGCUGUUGCUUCCCGGUCUGCAGCCUGCAGGGUGUGUGCCCACAUGAUCAAAUGUGUUAUUUAUGUAUGCUGCGAGAAAUGGUUCCUCUUCAGCAGAGCUGAAUAAGAGUUGAGAACUUCAGUUUGACAUAUGGCAACAUCAUCUUUGUUUAGAGGUCAAAACAAACAACUAUAUACAAUGUUCUAGUACCCUUAUGAUAUAUAUUAUGUUAAAGCAAUUGAUAUUGUAUUUGUUACCACUGUAAUAUUUAGAACUCUUACUUCUUGCACUUGAGGGAGUAAGGUUUUAUUUCGUACAAUAGACGGUUCACUUUGAAUAACCACUCACAUGAGGCUUUACAGAAAGCAUUGAUUUUCAUGCUGUAUGUGUGUUAAUAGUGAUAUAAUCACAUUGUUCUUCAUGAAAUCUGAAAUCUUGUGGCCCUGUUGAUAACAUACUUAAGAAAAGCAAAAGGUACUAUGUGACUACUGUUAUUCUCAUAUCAGUGAAAAUUGCUUUCCCCUUUGUAAGGAAUUUCAUUCUAUAUGAAAGUUCCUAAAGCAAUAAAAAAAAGAGUAUAAAUUAAUUAUUUUAAAUUUAGAGGGAAAUAAGGUGGCAUAUCUCUCAUUAGAUGAGAAAGAAUUGUUUUGUUUACUCAUUUUGUGUUUGAAAUCGGAUCAUUUAUCCUCUUUUUCUGGUCAGAAUGUUCAGUCUCUUGCAUACAAUAAUGUGGCAGCUUGUACAGGCUGGUUGGUGCUAUGUUGUAUGUAUGAGGUUCUGUGUCCUCGACUUGCCUUCCUUCACUGCAGCCCAUCAUACACCCCUCUCCUUCCCCUUUUGUGGGCGUAUGCAUGGGGUGUUGAAUAGAACAGUCAGGGACUCAUGUGGUGUGUUGAACUCAUCUGGCUAGUAAGAUAUUGUUUGUUAAGUUUUACAUUCAGUACCAUUAAGAGUAUGGUUUCAGAAAUAUACUCUUCUGGAAAAGGGGAGUUUAGUUUUUAUAUGAGCUCAACUGUGAGACUGUGUGCUUUCUCACAUAAUGGUAAUACUCACAUUUAUCACUAUGUCAUUCAUUAUGAACUAUCAGCAUCUCUCUUUUCCCCCCAUUUCUUGAGAAUGUAAUGAGACCAGACAGAUAUACAGAAUUUGCUUUGCACUCUGUACACACUUCGGUAUAAUUCCUACCAGCACUGCAUAAAUUGUUUUGAAAAGGUCAAGUGGAAGAAAGAAAUUCUUAAUUUUGUAGUGUAGGCUUUCACAGAAUUUCACAGUCAUAUUAAACAUUCUACUGUCACACUUCCAGAAAUGUUUAUGUAUGAGUUGAAAAUAAAAAAAAGAAUGGUCUCUCAGAAAUAGAAUUCUAUUCCAACUCUGUUGCGUGAGAACUUUCAGUAUAGAAUAUUAUAUUUAUAUCACCAUCAUCAUAAUAAUCAUUGUUAUCAUUCUGGCUUCUUCUUUCAUCAAACAGUAACAAUAACAACAAAAGUUGAACUUCAUUAUGGAUGGCUUUGAUCUGCUCUAGAGCUUUAUAAAUUAUUGCAAAGUGACGCCAAGUGUGUGAUUUGUCCGGUAGUCCAAGUAGUGCAGACAUGUCCAUCAUUUUGUUAUUAAACAUUAUACAUACAACAGUCAGACUGUAGUGGAUGAUAUGUAUAUACAUACAUGAAUACAUUCUCUUGCAAAGUGUGUGACAUCUCACACCGCCCUUGUAAUGAAACACUCAUUAUUGCUGGUUGGUUAUGCACAAAUUGGUUAUUGUAUGUGGCAAAAAAUCACAAAAUAUGCCAUUAUGUUAACAUAUUAAAUAACUUUUUUAAAUCAAUUAUUAUAACAGUUGGCUUUAAGAAGGCAGUUGUUGCUCAAAGUUUGAAAACCAAGACUCUUGUUACUUUUUGCGUUGCUUUUUCUAUACAUGAUAUCCAGAUAUCCAGUGUUGCAACCAAAUUUGAAAUAAUAAAAAUAAAUAAAUAACGUGUAUGACAUGAAACUUCGAUUGCUUCUAAGAUCUGUGAUGCCAUUAUUUUAUUGUGUUAACUCUAAGAAAAAACAGUUCUCCUUGUUAAAGAAUGUUUUACAUAGCACAAUGUUAUGUGGGAGAGAGAUGUGUUAAGGUAAUCAUAAUUAACUAAUAAUAUUAAGUACUCCUGUUGUUGAUGCUUCUUGGCAUGGGUGCUGCCCUAUCACUCAAGGCUUGUUGUAAGCCAGGGCCAGUGGUUGAGCAUGUCUGCAAGGUUCAGUGACAUGACCACUGUAGGUUCUGUAAUUUUUUUAAGAAAUUUCGGUGCAAAGCUGGUCUAGAUACAAAAGAAAGAAACUGCUUAAGUUUAUUGUUUUUAAAAAAUAACUUAAUAGAAUUACAUGCAGUCUCAUUGAAAUAUUUCAUAUGGCAAAUGAAACAGUUUGGAACACACAAGUCCGCAUACUAGUCGUAGUACAUAAAAUAAACCACCCACACAUUUGAAGUGUAUUCAGUAUGUAGCAUUAUUAGGCACAUUUUCUGAGAAUGAUUGCAGGGAAAAUCCCUGUCAAUAUCUUCUCCAUGACAGGAGUUUUUUUUUUAAAGGAAACAAUAAUUUCAAUAUGUUUAGUAAUAAAUACGUUUUAAGCAAAUACUGGAAUUUGGCUGCUUUUUAUAAUGUAUGAUACCAGUAAGGAAAUGAUGUGUGCAAACUGCAUAUUGUUUGUAUAUUAAGAUAUAUUUGAAUAAGAGAGAUUAUAUUAUAUAAUAAUUAUAAAUAAA